AUUUUUAAUUGGAUUUGGUGAAGCUAAAUAAAGUCAUCAACCUCUUUGGUAAGCAAAACUUUGAGGCACUGACUCAUUAUUGUUACAUGUGCCUGUUAUGCACUAAAUUAUCACUUACUGUAGUUCCUCUUAUACUAUUCAGUGCAUAGUAAGCUUCUUCCACCUAAUUUCUGUCUGUGGGGACUUUUUCUGCUUCACCCCAUUCUAUAUCAACGGUCUUGAGGUCUUCGUGCCAGGACUAGAAGGAUCUUCUCUGCCUACUUAUGCUGGUCUUUGGUCUCCAGUUUAUCGCAGGCUUCAGGAUCCGUUAAUCAUGUAAUUGGAGCGUGUGUCCCGCAAUACGCAUAUGGUGCAACCUUUAACAAAGGAUAUAAAAAUAAAAACAGAAGCCUUAAUCUUAGUCAGAGUCAGUAACAUCAGGCGGUGAGUCAGUUGGAUGGAGGGAGAAGACUUCCCGGCAACAUCCACACAAACUGCUACAGCUACUGGGUUUAUGGAGGUCUUCAGCACAUACGAAACAAUAAUCCUUUCAACAUGGAGGUGUGUGUUGAUUCAUGGCCAGAUUUCAGAACAGUUGUCUUGCGGUGUCAGAGACAGUUUGUUACAGAUGACAAGGACGCUUUUUCCAAUCCAUAUGCAAUGUUUGCUAAGGACCCAGCUGAGUUGAAGAGAAUGCUACAGGAAUUCAAAGUAAUUGAUUGGAAGCAAAGCCUUCUGGUAAACGGUAUUCCAGGUUCCUCCUUUGAUAUUUUACAAGAAGUGGCUGAUGCAAAAAAUUUGACAUUGGAGCAUUUCAUGAUACCAAGCAAAGUGUUUAUUCAUCAUAAUCCAGAAAGCAUUACUGACGAUGGUCGGUUUCACAAAUCAUCAAAGCUGUCCAGUGACACCAUGUUCCUUGCAGAGCUCAUUAACAAACAUAUAGGCUACGGUGGAAGUGAACAGAGCCUGAAUUAUAUAAAGAAGCGUAUUGAACUUUUCCCAUCUGUUUGCAUGUCUGAUGACGAGGGUCGUCUUAUGGGAUGGAGUCUGACUGAUGAACUGUCCGCAUUCAGGAUGGGUUACAUCCUUCCAGAGUUCAGGAACAAAGGCUGUAUGACGGCAAUUGUCACAUUUCUGGCAAAGGAGAUGCAUCGUCGGGGACUUCCAGUCUACAACUUUAUUGCAGAAGAGAAUACUAUAUCCGCUUUGUUUUCUAAAAGUUUUGGUAUGACAGAAUAUCCGGAUAUUUACUAUUAUCUCAGGAUGACUCCAAAAAAAAGGAGCCUAUGAGAG